AAUAUUCAUGAAGGGGGCGGGCCGGGCAGGCUGCCUUUGUUAACCUGAGAGGGCGCGGCGGUGAGCAUUCGGGCUGCGGGCUUCGUGGUGCUCAGGUUUUUCAGAUCGAGAUCGAAAUGUCCUACAUCCCAGGCCAGCCGGUCACCGCCGUCGUGCAAAGAGUUGAAAUUCAUAAGCUACGUCAAGGUGAAAACUUAAUCUUGGGCUUUAGCAUUGGAGGUGGGAUUGACCAGGAUCCUUCCCAGAAUCCCUUCUCAGAAGAUAAGACAGACAAGGGCAUUUACGUCACACGGGUAUCUGAGGGAGGUCCUGCUGAAAUUGCUGGGCUGCAGAUUGGAGACAAGAUCAUGCAGGUGAAUGGCUGGGACAUGACCAUGGUCACACAUGACCAGGCUCGGAAGCGGCUCACCAAACGUUCGGAAGAGGUGGUGCGCCUGCUGGUGACUCGGCAGUCUCUGCAGAAGGCUGUGCAGCAGUCCAUGCUGUCCUAGCAGUUGGCCAUAGCCCAACUUGUGCCUGCCUGCCUCAUUGUACAGUGACACUACUCCCAUGCUCUGUCUGCCUCACAUCCUGGUUUCUGUUGUGUGCUGGACCCCAUCUCCGAAGGUCAAAAGCUGAUCCCAAGACCUGAGCCUUCCUUCCCUCCCACUUCCAGCCUGAGGCCAUGGGAUCAGCUCUCUCCUUGGACACCGAGGACUGGAAACAAGGGUUUGGAGCUGCGUGGCAGCCAGUCUGCAGUGACCACAGGCUCAGUUUCCAGCCCUGCUGCCUGGUCACAGCAAGGUCCAGGCGAGUAGGAAGCACCCGAGAGCUGUCAAAGCUGGGAAAUGCAAGGAGGGCCACACUUUCCCAUUUGCCCUGGCUUUUGGGCUUGGCCUUCCCCUGUGUCAUCUCCUCAGUGCCUCUGACCAUGUUUCCUCUACUAUGGUGCCCAGCCAGGGGUGGACCCCCACAUGCCAGAGGCAUUAUGAAGGCUGCCUGGAUGGAAGUGGGCAGGCUCUCACUUAACCAUAUUCCUCCAAGGGGUGCUGGCCUCCCCAAGGUUUUCCUGCUUAGAGGAUUUAGACCAGGUCCAAAGCUGACAUUUCAGGGCAGCUCUCAGGGUUGCUUAUUUUCUCUAUGCCUGGGGGUUUAACUUUUGUAUUUUUUUAAUCACAACUUUGAUACAAAGUGUUUUUAUCUCACUAUUUGGAAAGGCCAAUUCUUUUCAAUUUAGCUAACUAAUUCACACCUGGAAGCAGUUACUUGUAGCACACGGCCAAGCCUUAUGUUGGUUACUAUGAAAGGGGGCAGUGUGAUGCUACCCCAUGCCCAACACUUGUGCCCAAUAAACAACGCUGGAAUCCA